GACAAUCGAGACGGUGGCAACCAUUUCGGAACUCAUAAAAUUCACCUAUUUUUAACACGUGAAAAUUUUCAGAAAUCUACAAAUUAAUUAUAAUCUCUACCAGAUUUAAUUAGAUCCUAGAUUCUAAUCGUUGCAACUCUGUGAAUUAGAAAUCAACAUUUAAAGAGAAGGAAUUGCUCGCGCAAAAUAUAACCUAUAAAAAUGGUGGUGUAACGUUUUAGAAAUAAUGAAAGGAAAUUAAAAGAACAUAAUUUCGGAGAUCACUUGACGUGCAUAUAACAUUUCUAACAUUUCGCUUCGAUUUCUCAAAAACGAGAUGCUAUUCACGAUCGAGAGGUACGUGAUACGCGCGAGUGCACGGUGUUUACAACGAUGUUUCUCGAACAGUGUUGACGUUUCGGCACGAGAAUUCGUUCUGCAACCCAACGAGAGCCCUACGUCGAUACGUGCCGAAGCCCAGAAGUGUCUCAAAAUUGCCUUCCUAGGCGCGCCAAACGUUGGAAAAAGCACAAUUGUUAACCAACUUAUCAAGCGAUCGGUAUGCCCUGUAUCCUGCAAGGUGCACACCACACAAGCCAAAGCGCGUGCAAUAUAUUGCGAAGGUGAUACUCAGCUGAUAUUCCUGGACACCCCUGGCAUGGUCUCCACGAAAGAGUCUAAAAAGUUCAAGUUAGACAGUAGCUUCAAAACAGAUCCGAAGACUUCCUUGCAAGCGGCAGAUAUUGUGGGAAUUGUGCAGGACGCAGAGAAUGUAUAUACCAGGCACAAGAUUGAUACAAACAUAUUAGAACUCUUGACGGAAGAUAUAAGGAGCAAGAUUCCUAUAAUUCUGGUCAUUAACAAAGUGGACAGACUGAAGAAGAAGGAAAUAUUACUCGACUUGAUACACACUCUGACCAAGAGCAAGAAAUCUCCAGAUUUCUAUGACGUAUUUAUGAUAUCUGCCUUGACUGGGGAUGGCAUUAACGAUUUGAGGACUUAUUUGUUAGACACGGCUAAGCCACGAGCCUGGGAGUACGAAAGGCAUAUUUACAGCGAUAAUACGUGCGAGGAUAUAAUACGACAAACGGUGCGGGCAAAGUUGAUGGAUAUUCUGCCGAACGAGGUUCCAUAUCGUUUACAGGUCAAGUUGGAACACUUUGAUCCAGCCCCCGACGAUAGUAUCAAGGCACUGGUGUCCGUCACGUGUCCCAACAAGCGAAUUGCUCGUCUACUAAUGCGCGGGAGCAACAACAGAAUAGGUCAGACCGCCGUUAUAGCAGAGGAAGCACUGCGGCACGCUUUUCGAACGUCGAUCGGCACAGGAUUCAAAGAGGAGGACCUCGAAAAUCACACCAAAUUCCUCAAAGAUCAUGUAAUACCGCAGGUGAAAUCGUACUACCGCUUCGAUAGUAGCCACGAGCCGGAUCACUGAUUCGAGCCAAUUCAAGUCUGGGAGAUCAAGAGUGCUGAUUUUUCCCUCUCGCCCGUAGCAAGAGCGGCUAUCGGAAUAGUGAAUUUCCCGAAAGCAAGCAUUUGUAAAAAUAUGACUUAUCGUAAUUGCGCUAAAAGAAAUUGAUAUUGCGUGACGUAAUUAAUUUACUCACGAAAAUCUUUUAUCCACAUCGAACAUUUUGCGUUAUCGCGAUAUUUUGGAGACGCAGCGUAUUUUUUUCUACCAACUAAACAGAGAUAGGGGCUACAAUAUUUUUGCAAUUAAUUCUUCCUUAGAGUUUUCUUGAAAUUUUUCGAGCUCGUUUAAUAAGGUUUUGUUCUGGUUGAGGUCGAUCCGGAAAAGGGAAUAUCUUUAAGGUUUCCGCGAUUCAUCAGGAUUCGCGAGGAUAAGUCCUGCGAGCAGGCUACUUCCGCUCAAGAUGUGGACAUGUACAACAAUCGAGAGCAGAUUAAAAAUAAAACUUCAGCAUCGAAAACCGCGGAGGAAGAUUUCUAUUAAUUUCUUUUCUUUUUUAUGUCGCGACGCACAAAUUGAGUAAGUAAAUCAUGUAUCUUUUAUAAUUAUUAUUUCUGUCUGAGCUAUUGUAAAUAAAACACGUUUGAUAUGGCACA